CUGUGGUGAUUUGAGCCUUGAGCAAAGAACAGACAAACCAGUCGAAGGUAAACAAACAGCGAGUGCGCGUGGCUGACUCCGCGGAUGCUGUGUGCCGUUUGAGAUAUCCCUGUGUACUGAAAGGAUCAACUUAAUUGACUGACAAAUUAUCCUGUUUCGCACACCAGCUGGAGCGUGAUUAGGAUUCCCAUGGGAGUCAAAUGGAAGUGUAGUUUCUGGGGUGUUCUAGGUUUCGGAUAAGCUGUUUUUAGUAGUUUAGAAAAAUUGGAUCGACAACCGGAAAUAGUUAAAAAGUUAGUUAAAUAAACGUGCUUUUCGGCUGAACAAAACUGGAAGUUUCAUAAGUAACAAAUUGAGAGCUUCCGAGAAGCUAAUUACAUUAUACCUAAUACUAUUUCAAAUUCAAGGAAGCACCUUAGACAAAAGGUGUGGCGAAAAGGCUAUCUGAAGGUGAAAUUCGUUGAAGAACAAAAGAGCUGCCGCACGGAGGAAGUGGAUAAUUGAAUGCAGCAUAAUGAACUUGAACCUAAAAGUGCAGAAGUGAGUGGCAAGUGAACUAGUGCUAGUGAAGAUGCUUCGGAGAAAACGUGUCCCAGCGUUGAAUAAAUUGUAGAACUUCAUUUAUUCGUGACAAGCUGAUGUCAAGCCGCAUGGUUUGGUGAAAAGGAAAUAUUUUAGCCCCGGAUGCUGGGCGGAAAUUUUUGAAAGGAAAUUUGUUUUCGCAGAACUUUUCCUUUGUAAAGUGUAGGAAAUUUUGCAGUGGCAUCGUGCAUUUACGUGCCAAAGGUGGCGGGUGAAGAAUGGCAAUGAUUUAAAUUGGUGUUUAGGAGCAGUAAAUUCAAUUAGGACACCGAUACAGAACAGUUUAUCUUAUGCUACCGCAUGCUCUACUGCUUCUGAAAGGUUGACGUUGGUAACAGUGGAAGCAUAUUGCUUGUGUGCUGGGCUGUGAAUGUUGAGAGGUGACCGGAGAGUGGCAGAUUGAUAUUUGAAUAGUUCAACAUCUCUUGAUCUGUGAAUAGAACAGAUUAACAUCCUCAUUCGUCUCUCGGAACGAACCGAAAAUCUAAUCAUCCCCCCAUUCGGCAAGCGUGACCACGGAGCGGGAUACGAACGACACGGACCAUUUACCAGUCGGCAAUCGCAACCAGCAGCAGACAGCUAGGAGCCCGCAUCAUUCAUCCAUUCAGAUUGGUGGAAUGGCCUUGACCCAUUUUCACGUCGACACGAGUGAUGACAAUAAUGUGCUGCAAGAGACAAGUCGUAAUCGGUAUCGGGAUUUUUUGUGUUAAUUUCGAUAAGCUGUAGGAGAAAAGAGUAGAGGAAAAGUGUGAAAAUUAAAACUCAACUGCGUUUGGGUUUACUUGCGUUGUUGUUCCUAUCAGUUCUCCAAAACGUGCCAAUAUUGCAGAAGAUCAGUCCAGAUCAAACCGUUGAACCGUGCGGUGAGCGUGGGUGUAAAGUGUAGAAAACCGGAGCAGGAAAAUUGAAGUGAAAAUAUUACGUUUUUUGUUGUUGUUCUGUGGGUGGAGUUCUGUGUACAUGUAGUUAGGGUGGGAAAUAUUGCAGUCCCAAGUGCAGCGUUGUGGUUUCCGAUCCCACGUAGCAGUGGUGGGUGGUAGUGAUGGAAAAUAGAAGAAGAAAAAACAAAUAUAUGGUUGAAUCUGUGUGCCGCAGGGGGUUGGCACUCGAUAGUGCGAUGUGCUUUCUUUAAUCUCAGAAGUGAUAGAUGAAAUGAUUCGAUAUGUGGACCUACAUGAUGGCAGCGGCCCGAGGUGACCGGGCAAUGUCAUCCAUCACACAGCGUCAUCAGAGUAAUCGGAAUGAUUUCGACUCACCUAGCAUCUACCACUUCAGCCGGGUACAGCGGCCAUUGUACAACACCUCGCAUCGUGCCGCAGGCCUUUGUAAUGGGCCUUCCACGAUCAGCACCACUCCUUUCGGGAGUAAUACCAUCUAUCAGAACUUUAACCCCUCGACGGCGGGUAGCUUCAGCAGUGUGGCAACCACUCCAAGUCUGUCGACCACAACGACUCCGGCUGGACAGCAAGUCCAGCAAGGUUCCACCGUGGGAUCAACCAAUCCAGGUCAAACCUGUCAACUUGCGUACACGACCCGAAAUCGCAUCGAGGUAGCCUCCGAUAACCACAGCGACUCUAUGCCCAACAGCAAAAACAACCAUCGGAGCCAGGCUGUGAUAGAGAGCGAGAGGGGUGAUUUCCUGGAAUCGUCCAACGGUCGAGGCUCGCUGAACCGUUGGCUACACGCGUUUCGGCAUAGAUUAAGCAAAAGGGGCCGUUCGAAGCCACCCGAUCAAUUCCUGGAUAAGUUUUCCUCGACAACCGCCUCGGAUACGCGGUUACAUCAGGCAGCCCAGGCUCUACCCUCGGAUGGAACCUGCAGCCGGCUAUCCGUCGAUCCGUCCCUGCCCUCGCAUUACCGGUGGCUGUCGCUGGUAUCGUUAGCUGUACUGUACAAUAUAGUGUUUGUGAUAGGACGUGCCGUUUUCUGGGAGAUCAACCGCCAAGCGCCGGCUCUCUGGUGGACCCUAGACUAUCUAUGUGAUUUUAUAUACUUAGCCGACACGUUAGUGCAUUGUCAUGAGGGGUACCUGGAGCAGGGUUUGCUGGUACGUGACGCAUCCAAACUGCGGAAGCAUUACUUCUCCAAGCAGCGCUGGUGGUUGGACGUGGUCUCGAUGCUGCCCACCGAUCUGGCUUACAUCUGGUGGGCACCGAGCUCCUGUACCGCCAGCCGGCUGCCUUGUCCAAUUAUAGUUAGGAUUAAUAGGUUACUGCGUCUUCCAAGAAUGUGGGAAUGGUUUGACCGUACCGAGACGGCCACCGGUUACCCGAAUGCGUUUAGGAUAUGUAAAGUCGUUUUAGCUAUCUUAGUAUUAAUUCACUGGAAUGCGUGUCUUUAUUUCGCAAUAAGUUACGCACUUGGUUUUAGCUCGGACAACUGGGUGUACAACAUCAAUGGAGCGAAGAAUCUCACCCUUUCGCGGCAGUACAUUUACAGCUUCUACUGGUCGACGUUGACGCUGACCACCAUUGGAGAGACGCCAACUCCGGAGAAUGACGCCGAGUACCUGUUUGUGGUGGCAGACUUUUUGGCGGGAGUGUUGAUCUUUGCAACAAUUGUCGGAAACAUCGGUUCGAUGAUUUCGAACAUGAACGUAACCCGUGUCGAGUUUCAGAAUCGGAUGGACGGCGUCAAGCAAUAUAUGGCCUUCCGGAAGGUUGGUGGAGAGCUGGAAGCUCGAGUAAUCCGCUGGUUCGCGUACACAUGGGCUCAAAGUGGUGCACUGGACGAGGAACGUGUGCUGGCAGCCUUACCAGAUAAACUGAAGGCAGAAAUUGCUAUCCGAGUUCACAUGGACACACUGCGGCAAGUUCGAAUCUUCCAGGACUGCGAACCGGGCCUGCUGGAGGCGUUGGUACUAAAACUUAAACUACAGGUUUUCAGCCCCGGGGAUUACAUUUGCCGGAAAGGUGACGUCGGCAAAGAGAUGUACAUCGUGAAGCGGGGUAGCCUUUCGGUAGUUGCGGACGAUGGAAUGACGGUGCUAGCCACUCUCGGUGCCGGCUCGGUUUUCGGUGAAGUUUCGGUGCUAGAGAUUGCCGGUAAUCGAACGGGCAAUCGUCGUACGGCGAACGUGAGGUCAAUUGGGUACUCGGAUUUAUUCUGCUUAGCGAAACGUGACUUGUGGGAAACUUUGGCCGACUAUCCGGAAGCUAGAGCAUCACUGACGGAACGAGGCUGUCAAUUAUUGCGCAAGGAUGGUCUACUGGACGAGGCUGUUUUUGCUAGUGCCCAGCAUCAACAGGACACACUGGAGAGCGGAGUGGCCAAAUUGGAACAAACGGUGGAGAACCUAAAUCUGCGGCUGGCUAGACUGUUGGCCGAAUACUCUGCUAGUCAGUCGAAACUGAAACAGAGGAUUUCCAAGCUGGAGGACAGGAGUACAACGUCGCCAAAGCGCCGCACAAACCAUCACCAUUCCAGCAGCGAUGGCAGCGGUGGAGGAUCGGCAUCCGGUGGAGGCCGACUCGGUAGCCAUCAGCAAAGGUCGGCUCAGAAUCGUCGCAAAUCGCAUUCGUCGUCGGUGACGGCACUUUCCAAUGGCAAUAGCAGCAAACAGAAUACGUUAUGAAUAUGCAUUCACCGAUCUUCCGUUCUUCAUUCCUGGCAUCUUGACGGUGACGACGGCAACGGCUGUGGCGCUUUCACGGCACCGGUCUCGAUGGCAAUGACAAGGACGACUUGCAGCAGUAGAACACGUGAUGGCCAGGUUGCUGCAUUCAAGCAGUGGCAGCUUCAAUGUGAGACUUCGAUGGUUCCAAGAGUGAUGAUAAUGAUGACGGUGCUGAGGAUGAUGAUGAUGUUGAUGGCGAUGCUAACUUUGUCCAAGAGCAGAUGCCACCUCCUACAGGACUUUAUCAUCGUCGUCGUCGUCGCCGCGGCGAUGGAUGUAAGCCGGAAAACCGUCAAGUAACUGCCAGAAACAGAAGAAAACGGAACGAAUAGAGUUACGUAGCAAAAUAGAAAAAAGAUGUAAUAACGUGCCUCGAAAGAAUUUUUUAUUGUUUUAUACUUACUGAUUGUGAUAAGAUGACAAAACAUAGAAUUAACAAUAUGUUUGACACAACUCGUUUGUUUGAACUAGCCAGCGGUCUAAGUAGGAAAAAAAUUGUUAAGCGUAACGGGUAAGAGUUGAGGAACGGUUAAUGAGGAAUAAUUUUGUAUGUUAAUGUUAAGAACAGGUAGAGAUGUUAGUUUUAAAGAAAAAAUCUGUUUUUACUGUUGUAACAAUAAAGUGAAAAAGCAUAAAAUGUUAACUUUGCAUAGGGACGAAGGAUUCAAACCGUAACUGUAACUUAGUUAUGUAGCGUAACUUAAGCUUAAUGUAAGUUGUUAGUAAUACCACCUUAAAAUAAAACAUUCUCCUCUCCACUGUAAGAGAAACAACAACAAAUAACAAAGCAUGUCUCUAAAGUCAAGUCAACCUUUCCAUAGUAGUCUAGACACAGUUUUGGCUAUCUUAAAGGUUGAUCUUACAUUAUUUAGUUAGUCUCUUUGUGUAGUGCUGUGAAAUCUACUAUUCUCUGAUAAUUUCGUCCCACUUCUCGAAUGGACAUUUUACCCUUCCCCAAUAAAUUGAAUCAAAUACAUAUCUUUUGAAAACAAUUGCUAGUGUUAAUCAGAGUAAAAUACGAAGGUAAAAAAGCGAUGAAUUCCGAAUUGGCAUACAUAGUUGCUUUUUUAUAAAUAACCACAUGUUGUAAGCAAGUUUCUCCGAACAAUUGAUUUGAAUUUUUGGUGUAUCUUCAAUCCUAACAGUUCGUUCGCCUAAACUAAGGUACAUUCAACUGGUUUGCUACCAAAUGAACUCUAUACUGUUUGAAACCGUUCAAAUUGUUGUUUACUACUAGUUAAUAGAAUCAGCCCUACAAUAAAUCUUUCUCGAGUUUUUCCUGUUCCAACAGCUAGUUGAAAAUUAUUUAUUAAACUGUAGCAUCACAUUACCAGCAACCAAGCGGAUGCCAUUUAUAAUGAAAAAAAUCUCAAACCUUAACUUGAAAUGUCAACUGUUCUAGUAAUACUCGUGUACUUUUUCCACAUGAGAUUUAUACGAUCUAACCCGCAAAAUAAAUUAGACGAACCGCAAAACUUACUAAACAAAUGCAAACAUACAAAACUUAACUGAUGCAAAUUGAUUUUACAACUGUGGAAACAAUAGCUCCUAAAGCAGGAUUGGAAUUGUACUGAGAUAGUAGUAGCACUGACAACGAGAAGAGUGCUAACCAUGCGAGUUAUUUACUUGAAUGUCGCGCAAAAUAGGAAAGAUGGUAUAGUUAUGAAAGGAUCAUAUUUAUAUACAUUUUAAAACUAAAAUCUACAACAAACUGGUGCAAACAGUGAAUACGAAGGAAAACAAACUUAACAAACCCGUAACCUUGGCAAAGAUAGUAGCAAAGAAUUAUAGGAAUAUUUACGAUGAUGUUGAAUCAAAUAUGUAAGUGAAAUCUAACAUGCAAGAGAUCAAUUUUAGGUAAAGCGAAAGAAAACUAAAUAUACUAGAAAUUAAUCACAACAAACACAAAGGAUGUUCGAGCAGUGGUUACGAAAACGAAUAAAUUUAAAGUACAAUGA